UUGUGUAAGAAGGUGUGUUUGUAUCGUUCACUCUUUUCAUACUUCCAAAUUUCCUUCAUUACUUCUCUGCUUUAACAAUACACAAAAGUCAAAACUAAGACAUGGCCGCAACAUCAUUGCUAGGAAGCGCUUUUCUCACCGCAACCGUAGAAUCCUUAUUGCACAAACUCGCUUCAUCAGAUUUAAUCGAUUACGUCAAAUACAGCAAUUUAAACGUCUUAAAACUCACAGUCUUAGAAAAAACGCUACUCACUCUUCACUCUGUUCUUCUCGACGCAGACUACAAGCAGUUCUUCAACUACGAAAUCAAGCAAUGGUUGAACGAAUUGUACGACGCAAUCUCUGUUGCGGAAGAUUUGUUCGACGAAAUCGGUUACGAUUCCCUGAAAUGCAAGGUCGAGAAUACUCAACCUGAUUAUGAUUUCAAGUUUAAUUACCGAAUGAAGUUGAUUUGUUUAAGACUGCAAAGUUUUGUUCAACGGAUAGAUGUUCUUGGUUUGCAAUCUGGAAGUGUUAGGGUUUCUCGUUGUAGAAUGCGUUCAAGUUUAGUGGUAAAUGAAUCUGUUAUAGUUGGUAGAAAAGAUGAUAAAGAGAGAUUGAUUAAUAUGUUGAUGUCAGGUAAUGGCAAUAGCUGUAAUAAUGGUAACAACUUAGGUGUCAUUGCUAUUUUAGGUGUUGGAGGUGUUGGUAAAUCGACACUUGCUCGACUUGUUUAUGAUGAUAAAGAAGUUAAUGAACAUUUUGAUUUGAAAACGUGGGUUUAUACGUCCGAGGAUUUUGAUAUUGUGAAAGUAAUCAAAGCUUUACUUGCGUGUGUGUCUUCGUUAACUUAUGAAAGCAAUGACGUUGAUUAUCUUCGACUUGUGUUGAAGCUUAAGUUGAGGUGUAGGAGAUUUUUGUUUGUGUUGGAUGGUUUAUGGAAUGUUGGUUAUAAUGAGGGGCAUGAGUUAGUAGCUCCGUUGUUUAAUGGAAGAUGUGGAAGCAGGGUGAUUGUUACAACGCGCAAAGAAAAAGUUGCAGAGGUUGUGCAUACAUUUCCUAUUUGUAGGUUAGAACCUCUGUCAGAUGAAGACGGGUGGUCUUUACUCUCCAAGCAUGCAUUUGGAAGUGAAAAUUAUGGUGGAAAUAAAUACCAAAACAUAGAAGCAAUUGGUAGGAAGGUUGCUAGAAAGUGUGGAGGAUUGCCAAUUGCUGUCAAUACACUCGGAGGGCUUUUGAGUUCAAAGGUAGAUGCAAAGGAUUGGAUUUCAAUUCUGAAUAGCAACAUAUGGAACAUACCAGAUGAUAAUAUUUUGCCAUCUUUGCUUCUAAGUUAUCAAUAUCUUCCCUCUCAUUUGAAAAGUUGUUUUGCCUAUUGCUCAAUUUUUCCGAAGGGUUAUCACUUUGAUAGGAAGCAAUUGAUUUUGUUGUGGAUGGCUGAAGGAUUCCUUGAACAUUUCCAGGACGAAAAAGCCGCAGAAGAAGUAGGCGAUGACUACUUUGUUGAAUUGUUAUCGAGAUCCUUUAUUCAAAAAUCUGGUACUGACCGAGAAAAGUUUGUCAUGCAUGAUCUUCUCAAUGAUCUAGCUAUAGUUGUAUCUGGGAAAAGUUGUUGCAGGCUUGAACGUAGUGGUAGCAUCUCUGAAAAUGUCCACCAUUUGUCAUAUAACCAAGAAAAGUAUGACGUCUUCAAGAAGUUUGAGAUUUUCUACGAUUUUGGAUGUUUGCGAAGCUUCCUACCUAUUUACCUUCAACUUGGAGGACAUUACUUAUCUAGAAAGGUGGUUGGUGAUUUGCUACCCACACUUAGUCGGUUGCGUGUGCUAUCCUUAUCACAUUAUAGAAACCUCACAGAGCUACCACAUUCAAUUUAUAUCUUGAUGCAGUUGCGGUAUCUAGAUCUCUCAUACACAUCAAUCAAAAGCUUGCCUGAUACAACAUGUGACCUUUACUAUUUGCAAACCUUGAAUUUAUCAUCGUGCUCAGCGCUCACUGAAUUGCCGGUAGAUAUUGGAAAGUUAAUUAAUUUACGCCAUCUUGAUAUCAGUUGGACGCGCAUACACAAGCUGCCAAUGCAAAUUAUUGGAAUGGAAAACCUUCAAACUCUAACUGUUUUUGUAGUGGGCAAGCAAAAAGUUGGGUUAAGUGUGAGAGAGCUUGGAAAGUUUCCUAAUCUACGGGGAAAACUUUGCAUCCAGAACUUGCAUAAUGGCAUUGACGUCAGUGAGGCAUGUGAUACCAACUUGAAGAGCAAAGAACACCUUGAGGAGUUAGAGAUAUAUUGGGAUGAACAAACUAAAGAUUCACCAAUAGAUAAAGUUGUUCUUGAUGUGUUGCAACCAUCAAUAAACUUAAAGAAAUUGAGCAUUGGCAUCUAUGGCGGGACAAGCUUUCCAUGUUGGUUGGGAGAUUCUUCGUUUUCUAACAUGGUGUACUUGAGCAUAAGUUGUUGUGAGUAUUGCGUUACACUUCCACCACUAGGGCAGCUACCUUCUCUCAAGGACCUAACUAUAUAAUGUAUGUCACUAUUGGAGACAAUCGGCCAAGAGUUCUAUGGCAUGUCAGUUGGAGGUUCUAAUUCUCCAUUCCAACCAUUUCCAUCUCUCGAGAAUCUAAAAUUUUCUUACAUGUGUAAUUGGAAGGAAUGGGUUCCCUAUAAAGGAAGUCAAUUUCCUUUUCCUCGGCUUAAAACUCUAAAGUUAGAUGUAUGUUCUGAACUGAGGGGACAUUUGCCUUGUCAUCUUUCUUCCAUAGAAGAGGUUACAAUGAUUGAUUGUGGAAGUCUGCUGAUAACACCAGCCACUUUGCCUUGGCUCUCCUCAGUAAAAUCUUUAUAUUUGCAUGCUGGGUCUACUGAAUCGUCGUUGAUUGAAAGUGAUUCUGCAUGUCUUCUGCAGCAUUUAAAAAUUUGGAACUUCCAGACGAUGUUGUCUAUACCUAAAAUGUUUCUGAACACUGCUUGUCUUCAACACUUGGAUCUCUAUUUUCUUCCAUCUCUCACUACAUUUCCGGCUUAUGGUCUACCCACUUCUUUGCAGUCACUAUGUAUUAUCAACUGUCAGAAUGUAGCAUUCCUGCCACCUGAAACAUGGUGCAGUUACACAUCACUUGUGACUUUGGUGUUAGAGUAUUCCUGUGAUGCACUUACCUCCUUCUCACUGAAUGGUUUCCCUGUGCUCCAAAGCCUUUCCAUUGAAGGCUCUAGGAAUCUGCAGUGCUUUUUUAUUUCAGAUAUUUCUUCCCAUUGCCAGUCAUCCGUCAAAUCACUUACGGUUUCUCACUGUGAUGCACUGAGAUCACUUCCUCAACGGAUGAACACCCUCACUGCUCUUGAAAGCUUGUCACUUAACAGUUUAUCCUCAUUUUGUGAAGGAGCUUGCCUCCCUCCUAAAUUACGAACAGUUUAUAUUGAAUCCCUGAGAAUAAAAGCGCCUGUGGCUGAAUGGUGUAUUCAAAACCUUACUGCUCUGUCUGAUCUGCAUAUUGGAGGUGAUGUUAUUGUUAACACCUUGCUGAAAGAGCAGUUGCUGCCCAUUUCUCUUGUGUCUCUAACAAUAAAUAAGAUCUCUAAAAGAAAAUCCUUACAAGGAAAUGGACUUCUACACCUCUCCUCUCUAGAAAAUCUUACAUUUAAAUGUUGUUCAAGGCUUGAAUUAUUGUCUGAAGACAUGUUGCCUUCCUCUCUGAAAUCACUUGCAUUUCUAUAUUGCCCAAAACUUAAGUCCUUGCCAGAGAGGUUUCCUUCCUCUUUGGAAGCACUGGAGUUUGACGAUUGUCGAAGACUCGAGUUAUUGCCAAAAGACGGACUCCCUUCUCUUAAGAUACUGAAAAUUGGGCGAUGCCGUAUGUUAAAAUUAAGGUAUGGAGUUCGGAGAGGAGAACAUUGGUCCAACAUUGCUCACAUCCCUGUCAUAGAAGUUAAUGAUGAAGUGACAAUAUGAGCCGUGGUAAGGGAAGGAAGGCUUGCAUUCCAACUUCAGGUCAUUGGUGAAGCCGUCUAUCUUGUAGGCAUACUAGGAAGAUAUGUUGCAUUAUUUUUUGCAACAUGUUAAAGGUGGCAUAUUGCUUAAUGACACUGCAACACCUUUUUUAGGUUUUCUACGAAAUUCAAUAAAAUAUCCCAAGACUAGUCAAAACAUUUUAAUGGGCUGGAGCAUUGCAACUACCUUCAAGUAUAAAGAGACUUACAGAAUUGUUGUAAGUAUGGCUUUAUUUUUUUUUAGCUUUUCAUUUCUGUCCUUUUUUACUUAUGAUUUCAAUAUUUUAGUUAUGGACUUAGUACAUUUCUUGUAUGAUUACCUACAUUUUUUUGAUUCAAGUUUGAUUACCUACAUAAUCAUUGAUCAAUUAAUGAUAUUAUAACUUAAAAUCUGCUUAAUAGACCUACUUUUCUGCUUGGAAGAGGAGAUUUCAAAAGUUAAUUGACAAGAACAAUAAACCCUGUGUUAUAAUUCUAGUUUGAAA